AUGAACAACAUCACCGCCGCUUCCCGACCCCCUCUCCUCGACCACCGCCCCCCGCUAUCGCCCAUGUCCGUUGCUGGAAGCGACUGGUCUGGCAUCAGCACCUACAAAUCUCCUACCGACUCCGGUAGUACAAUGUCCCGUACUGCCUCCUCUAGCGGUCCAAGCAUGGGACGCUCCUCGAACACAUCGCCACCUUCUUCCGUUGCACGGUCAUCCGACGGUAUGAGAAUGUACGAAGAUUCACCUAACAUGCGGCCUCGCAUGAGAAUGCCGCCUCGACGAGAUCAGAAACUCGACGAUGAGCAGCAGGUUGCUCGCCAACACGCUGCUCUCAAAGCUCUCCUAGAACCAUACUUAAAAGCUGAAAAGAACGAUUCUAAAGCCAACAAAGCGCGCGAUAAACUGCUUCGACUCACUGGGAUCCAGUUUCAGGAGCUCAGUACAGAUGUAUACGACGAGCUACAACGACGCCAGGGUGCUGGCGAUCGCCUCUCUAGUGCUUCCAGUGUCCUUAAAAUCAAUCCCGCCGAUCUCCCCGAGGGCUCUACACCACACCUUAUGCCUAGGACCGAAUUUCAUCCUAAGAGGAACCAGGCCAGGCAGAAGCUCAGCACAUUGCCGACACCCCGAUUUCGAGAUCUAGCGACAGAUGUGUUUUACGAACUGGAAAGGAGGUACCCACACGUCACGGGUAGCGGCAUUGAUCGGUCGGCAAGCCCUGCCAGUAGCCUUCGCGACAAUUCACCGAACAAUCAGCAGGACAGACGUCCAAAACCAGCUCCACUAAAUCCGAAUACACUAAACGGUGCGCAACGCCCUGGCCCUGGGGGUUACGGCAUGCAACCGAGGACACCCACAGGUCUUGGCCCAGGAGCUGGGCCUGGGGGUCCAAAUGGUAUGGGAGGCCCGAAUGGUAUGGGAGGACCGAAUGGUAUGGGAGGACCGAAUGGUAUGGGAGGACCAAAUAAUAUGGGAGGACCAAAUAAUAUGGGAGGACCAAACGGUAUGGGAGGACCAAACGGGUUCGGGGGUCCAACGAACGGACUAGGCGGCCCCCCAAAUGGACUAGGGGGUCCAAAUGGUCCUGGCGCUGGUCCCAACUCUCUAGGCCGUCCUCUACCGAAAAAUCUACCGCCACAAAACAGACCUGAUAAGCCUAUAUCAGAUGAAGAUUACGACGAGAUGCCCAACGAUGAGGAGGAAGCCUUUGGUUUAGAAGAUCGGUACCGACAAUCUGGAGGCGCUAAUAAGAGGGCAGUUAACGGCCGAGAGAGCUUAGCUAGUAACGCUAGCUCCUCCCGUGAGCCACUGUCUAAUCAGGCCGACAAGAAGCUGAUUGCCGACUACCAGGUACAAGUGUCCACCCUACAAAAAAGACUCGACGCAAUAGAAUUCCAGACCCGAGAAAAGGACCUUGAGAUUAGUAGAUUAAGGGAUGCAGAACAAUUGUGGAAGGACGAUGAGGAAGAACUUCGGUCUGUGCAAAGCCAACUGAAGGUUCUUCAAGGGCAUAACGAACAUGCUCUAGAGAACAAAACCCGGGAACUGUCUGAUCUAAAAAAUUUACUCGAGAACAAGCUUGCCAAUGCCCAAAAUCUUAAUUCUUCCUUGCAAAGUGAACUAGCACGGCUGAGAUCCGAAAACCGCGCCUUAGAGGAUUGGCAAAAUUCACACGAAUGUCGAGGUGGUGGUGGAGGCAAUGGCAUCGGGGGAGGAGGCGACCCAGAUCUACAGAGAAAGUACAAGGAGCUACUGGAGGUGCACGAGCAUCUUAAAGUCGAACUACAGCAGCAGCAAGAAACAACAGAGGAGGUUCGGAAGCAAGCAAUGAGUUUCUUGGAGGAAAUGAAGUCCCUGUCAGCCAGCGGCGACAUUACACAUUCGCAUGACCAAUUAACUGCUGAAAUUGCAAGUCUGAGGGAUGAAGUUAAAGAUUGGAAGGCUCGGUAUACGAAGACUAAAACACAACUCCGGAAUCUACGAGCAGCUUCAAUAGGGUUACAAUAUGCGAUGGAGAGUAGUGUCAACAGGGCCACGGUGCAUUCUGAUCCCAACGGAUUGAUAAAGGACAUUCAUAUAACAAAGUGCCAGCUUACGGUGGAUGAAAUCCUCCGGACAGCUCGUAUUGAUCCUAAGGGAACAUUAGUGCAUAUGAAGAGCGUUGCAGUAGUAGUGAGGGCGAUUACGAAGAGUAUCGAUCACUCCAAUCCGCCCGAUGACGUACUCAAGAUGUCGAUGAGGCUUGAAGCUACUGGACAAAAUCUCAUCACCGCCAUUCGAAACCACGCCUCUGCGGACGGCCUCUCGCCCGUAUCUCUCGUAGAUGCCGCCACAUCCCACCUAACAUCUGCAGUUGUUGACCUAGCUAAAAAAGUUAAGGUCCGACCGACACCUAGCGAAGAACUAGAGGAUGAUGAUAUGGGAGAUGGGAUGACGGAAGACGGCGAUGCGGAGUUGCUUAGCGUGCCGCUGAAGUCGAGCAAGUCGACACCGGUCAUGAACGGUAAUAGUCCGGCACGUACUAGUAUCGAUUCGGUCUAUAGUACCUCUUCGUUUUCAUCGCGGUAUUCGAAUCAACGAGGGUCAGCACGGAAUCAGAGUGGAACUUGGAAUUCUAAACGGGAUGGCAAGUUCUCUGCGAUGAAUCCCUUAGGUAUCGGCUCUCUGCCAUCGUUUGAUGUCCAGGAGGAACGGAGUGAGGUUGAGGAGUUGAAGAACUUCCUCAUCAGCCAAACCAACGGAGUAAUAGAGAGCAUCCAGAGGCUCCUCCAGGAGAUACGAGCAGAAGACAGCCACCUGCGGACCUUGCGGCCCCUCAUGGACGACGUUAUCCUCUUUGUAGGUAAGGUGAUACAAUCGACGGAGAACGCCAUGGAUACCGCCCGAUCCACCAAGCUACAGGAUAGAAUCGGACGGAUUGUCAAGAGCUUGGAUGACUCUAUGCACCAAAUGCUUGGCAUGAAGAUCGAAGAUAUCGAGAAUGAGGGGAAAGCUUCGAAGGACUUCAAUGCGAGGUUGGCUGGGCACUGUUUUGCCAUGGCUAGGGAAACAAAGGAACUUGUACGUGUUGUCGAGGAAAUCGACAAUGAGGCAAGAUAA